CUCACAUCAACAUUAUUCUCGUCCUUCUUCUUUCUUUUUCUUUUCUUUUUUCUUCUUAAUUUAACAUUUCACUCACUCUCAUCUCUUUCUUUCUCCAUGCUCGUCCACUGCUCUUAGUUUUUUAGUUUCUGAUCCUCUUCUCUUCAGUGUAGCAUUGAUUUUUUGGCAUGUUAUCAGUUAUUACACAGUAACAAAGAUAAUCCAUUAACACGGUAAAGGAAAGAAAGAGAUCGAUCGUUGUUAUUAGUAUAUAAUCCAUUAUCCGACUCAUUUUCUAUAGAGAACAUUGGUAUGCUAGUAUAAUAAACUCAUGUAAUUAUUCAUAUGAAACAUAUCCAUUCGCCAAGUUUGUUGCAUUAUUCAUCGAAAACAUAACUUAACAUUUGAUUAUGUAUUAAUCUUCAGAUAAUUAUAUUUGUAUUUUGUAAGCAAUGAGAAAGAGACUACUACUACUACUAUAAGCAAAGUUUUAAAAGAAGGGGGGUCACAAAUACACGGCUUGCUUGAUUCCUUCUACAAAUCUCUUACAUGGAUUUUUUUUUUCUUUUUAAAUCAAGGAAGAAAGAAAACAAAACCAGUGGAGGAGACUUUCCAGUAAUACCGUUGAGAGACCUUAGCCUAUCUUUCUAAAGACAGCUGUUUCAUAGCUGUCCGAUCUCAAUCUCUCCCUCCAUGUGACGACCCUACUUCAGACUCAGAGAGGGAGAUAAUAAACACUUUGAUCACAUCGAAUUCAUUAUGUUCGUUCUUUCAUCACAUUUUUUACAUAAGAUAUGAAUCUCUCAUCGCAUGCACUCUCUCCUUUAUUAAUUCUCUCUUUUAAUUUUUUAUAUACUUCUAUUUAUAUAACUACCGUUUGUUAAACAUAGCCAUUUUGGUUACUCUUGUUCCGUUUUCUCCUUUCUUCCGCUCCUUCCUUUUUCUUUCUUGUGUGGUUUAGGAGACAUUAAUUGAUCUCUCAUUCCACUUCCCCAUUUGUCUCAAUUUCGUUUCUUUAAUUUCCUUUGUCUUUCAUCUAGGUUUUUAGUUUUCUGAAUUUGGGUUUACGUUAGUGUUUAUCUUGUCUUGUAAUUAAUUAACCAAGGUUUUUUUGUUUCCCCUUCCUAAAUCUUGUAAAUUCAGAUUUGCUUUCUUUGGUAAACUUUGCGAUCUCUCCUCUGAUCUUGCCAUUAGAGAUAGAUAUAAUUCUCUCUUUCAAAUGGCACAACUACCUCCCAAAAUCCCCAACAUGACACCACAUUGGCCUGAUUUCUCAUCCCAAAAGCUUUCUCCUUUCUCUACCCCAAUCGCAACCGCUUCAGCCACUACAACCGCCGUACAAAACCCUUCAUGGGUAGACGAAUUCCUAGACUUCUCAGCGUCUCGCCGCGGCAACCACCGUCGUUCAAUCAGCGACUCCAUCACUUUUCUUGAAGCUCCAACCGUAUCAGACCAUGCCAGCAUCGAAAACCACCACUUCGACAGGUUCGACGACGAACAGUUCAUGUUGAUGUUCACCGACGACGACAACCUUCAUAAAACUCCUUCCCAUAUCAACAACGACAACAACAACAUUUUAGGACCCACCGGAUCUUCCUCAAACACGUCAACGCCGUCCAAUAGCAUCAACGACGACAAAAACGAACCACCUUCCAAUCAUGACAUGACCAAUAACUACAAGAACAACAACAAUAACAUUAAUAACGAUGAAGUCCAGAGCCAAUGCAAGACGGAGCCAGAUGAUGGUACGGCUUCGACUAACAAUUCAGGCAAUAGCUCCGGCAACCGGAUUCUUGAUCCCAAAAGGGUUAAAAGAAUAUUAGCAAAUCGGCAAUCAGCACAGAGAUCAAGGGUUAGGAAACUGCAAUACAUAUCAGAGCUUGAGCGCAGCGUCACUUCGUUGCAGGCGGAAGUGUCAGUGUUAUCGCCAAGAGUUGCGUUCUUGGAUCAUCAGCGUUUGCUUCUUAACGUCGACAACAGUGCUCUCAAGCAACGAAUCGCUGCUUUAUCUCAAGACAAGAUUUUCAAAGACGCACAUCAAGAAGCAUUGAAGAGAGAAAUAGAGAGACUUCGACAAGUGUAUAAUCAACAAAGCCUCAAGACGAUGGAUAAUGCAAAUCAU